CUAGGGGAGGGGCUGCUGGGAAACAAGCAGAGGGAGCCAGGCCUACUUUCGUUGUGUAUUAGAACAGACGUGAGCUACACGGAAAACAAAAAGAAAGUGUUGGUAGAUCCUGACACUGCAGUAGGCUCUCAGAUCAAUCCUUCUUCAGCAAGUAAGAGAAGCUCCCUGCAGUUCCCAGCAGUCUGACAAAACAAGACCAGGAUGGCAUUGUCAGUUACGAAGGGUGAAGGAGUGACGGUUUUGACCAUACCCUCUGAUGCUGGACGCACAGUCCCUGUGGGGAUACAGCUCCUGGUUGCCCUAUGCUGCAGCCCAUGGUGCUACGUGUCUCAGGGGAUGAGGAGGCUCCUGACUGGCACCCAGACUUCACUGGGGACGGUGCAGAUCAUGGUGGGUCUGAUCAACAUUGGUCUUGGGGCAGUCCUCCUGAGUGUACAAUAUUAUACUGUUCUGUCCUGGACUUCUGCUCCCUAUUGGCUGGGUGCAGUGUUCAUUGCUACUGGUCUGAUGAGUAUACUAGGUGAGAGGUUUCCAAGUCCUUGUUUGGUGUCCCUGACAGCUUUUAUGAACAUGGCUAGUGCCUGCCUGGCAGUGACUGCAAUCGUGCUGUGCUCAGUUGGCCUGGCCCAGGGGCUGAGCGCACACCGGAUGUGCAGAUUGUAUGAAACGAGCCCUUACCAACGGGAGAGCUACUACGGCUACGGAAGACCCACACUUUCUCCUGAAGAACUCAGAGUAAAAGAUCAGUUGAGGAGGACAAACUUUGAAAUGUGCCAGAGUAUGGGCAACAUCCUUUCGGUCAUGCUGGGAGGAAUUUACGUUCUGCUGAUCCUCUUUGCUGUCCUCCAGCUCUGUGUCUCUAUUGCCACCACGGUUCUGGGCAUAAAGGCUUUGUGCAACAACAGCACCAAGGGAAAGGCUGAACCAGACCCUGAACUUUACAAGCCUAUUGUGGAGGAGGUCACCACCACCCCCACAGUUUAGAAAAGAACCACCAGGACAUAUCUGACACUUUUCCUAUUUCCUAUUCCUAUUCCUUUUCCUAUGUUUCCAUGGGAUGAAUGCAAAAUAAGGUCAUAAUGGUGUAAUUCAUAUAACCUAUAAAAAGUUGGUUAUUCUUUUAAAUAUUUGUUUAUAUUUUCCAUUCCUUUAUGUGGUGGGAAAUGAUGCAUUUAUUCAUUAAAACUGAUUUCACUGGA